AUGCAACCGCUAUCAAUGUGUUCGAAUACAUUGCUGAGUUUACGCGACGCGCACACCGUGUUACUUGCUACGGCGCGCAUUGUACUGCGUACAAGUGACGGUUACGAAUACAUCGCUCGCGCUCUGAUUGAUAAUGGAUCUAUGAAUAACUUUGUUACUAUUAAUCUUUGUAAGAAAUUAUCAUUAAAAAUUACUUCACUUACUGAACAAGUUACUGUAAACGGGUUUGGUGGUUCUUCUAAAGAGGUUAAGGGAGAAACAAAUAUUAAAUUUUACUCGCGUUUUGAUCGUAAUAUUUCUUUCAAUUUACAACCACUUGUUGUGGAAAAUAUUACGGACCGUAUUCCUACGUUGCCUAUUGAUAGGUCAAUGUUAGCUUACCUUUCCCGCACGAAGCUUGCUGAUGAUACAUUCUCUGAUCCCGGUGAGGUCGAGAUAUUGAUUGGCGCUAAGUUAUUUACCCGCUUACUGCUGCCUGGCCGCGUCCAUGGACCUCCAGGUACCCCAACGGGAUUCAAACCCCGCUUGGAUUUAUUU